UUGCAGGCCUCUUCACCAAGCAGUGGACUCAGCAUGGCCAGCUUCUUCGACCUCAAGGCCAGAAAGGCCGCCGCUGCGAACGGAACAGCAUCGCAGAAACAGGACAAGCCGGCCGACGUGCGAGCACAGCCCUGGGUUGAGAAAUACCGUCCCAAGAGCUUGGACGACGUCACAGCUCAGGAUCACACGGUCACGGUUCUCCAGAGAACACUGCAAGCAUCUAAUCUUCCGCACAUGCUAUUCUAUGGCCCCCCGGGCACCGGCAAAACCUCGACCAUCCUGGCACUUGCCAAGGAGCUCUACGGCCCCGAGAUGAUCAAGUCCCGAGUUCUCGAACUCAACGCGUCCGACGAGCGUGGCAUAUCAAUUGUCCGACAAAAGGUCAAAGACUUUGCGCGAAUGCAAUUGACCAACCCGCCGCCCUCAUACAAAGACAGAUACCCCUGUCCGCCGUUCAAGAUCAUCAUCCUCGACGAGGCCGAUUCCAUGACACAGGAUGCCCAGAGCGCCCUGAGACGGACAAUGGAGACGUACAGCAAAAUCACACGCUUCUGCCUGAUUUGCAACUACGUCACCAGAAUCAUCGACCCCCUGGCCAGCAGAUGUAGCAAGUUUCGCUUCAAGAGCUUGGACCAGGGCAACGCGAAGAAGCGGCUCGAGUCAAUAGCUGAGGCAGAAGGCGUGCCGCUCGAAGAUGGUGCUGUGGAUACACUCAUCAAGUGCAGCGAGGGUGAUUUGCGAAAGGCCAUUACAUAUCUUCAGAGUGCUGCCCGCUUAGUCGGGGCAAAGCUGCCCGCAAAGGACGGCGAUGGCGAUGACUCUAUGGAUGUGGAUAAACGGCCGGUGACUGUCAAGAUUGUCGAGGACAUUGCCGGUGUAAUCCCUGACGCCACGAUUGGCGAUCUCGUCAAGGCUAUGCGUCCUCGGACACCAGGCCAGACGUAUCAGUCUAUAUCCAAGGUAGUGGAGGACUUGGUAGCAGACGGCUGGAGCGCCGGCCAGGUCCUCUAUCAGGACCUUGUAUUCGACGAGACUAUCCCGGACAUCCAAAAGAACAAGAUCGUUCUCGUCUUUUCUGAGAUAGACAAACGACUAGUCGACGGAGCCGACGAGCAUCUCUCAAUUCUUGAUUUGGCAAUGAGGAUAGCCGCCAUCUUGGCUGAAAAAUAG